ACUCACUGUCUGAUCCAAGUUAGGAGCUUUCAGCUGCCAGUCGUGGCCCAUUAUGUAAGUGCCGCUGAGAAUUAUUUGCAGUGCCAUUGCAAAACGACCCGUUUCCUGACCGUUUUGCAAGGUGUGCAAUUGUAAUAUUGCUCUUUGCACGGACACACACGGUUCAGACUCAAAAAGGCUCCAAGUGCAUGAAGAUCGCGGCUUGUAUUCCGCAUCCUUGUUGCAAAGCAAGUCGCUGAAGCAAGCUUCGGUGCGAGGGCGAUGGAGGGAGGGAGUGAGAAAGAAGGCAACGUCUCUAGUGCAUCCCCUCCCCCCCAUCAAAGCAAAGGGGAAAUGUCUCAGCCAAAGGGAGGUAAGAGGAAGCCUGGGCUCAAGCUCUCCAAGGAAGUGUUUGAGCAGCCUCCUGCUGCUGCUGCUACACCCCCAAGAGAUUUGGAUUCGAAAGCUUGUGUGACCAUUGGAGAGAAGAACUUUGUGGUGAAGGCAGAUGACCUGGAGCAGAUUGGCGAGCUGGGGAGAGGGGCGUACGGCGUGGUGGACAAGAUGAGGCACAUGCCCAGUGGCCUGAUCAUGGCAGUCAAGAGGAUCCGUGCCACAGUGAACACCCAGGAACAGAAGAGACUGUUGAUGGACUUGGACAUCUCUAUGAGGACAGUAGACUGCUUCUACACAGUCACCUUCUACGGCGCACUCUUCAGAGAGGGUGAUGUGUGGAUCUGUAUGGAGCUGAUGGACACCUCUCUGGAUAAGUUCUAUAAGCAGGUGAUAGAAAAAGGCAUGACCAUCCCUGAAGACAUCCUGGGAAAGAUGGCCGUCUCGACAGUGAAGGCUCUGGAACAUCUGCACAGCAAUCUGUCGGUCAUCCACCGAGAUGUGAAGCCAUCCAACAUAUUGAUCAACACCCAAGGGCAGGUGAAGAUGUGUGACUUUGGGAUCAGUGGUUACCUUGUGGACUCUGUGGCCAAGACCAUGGACGCAGGCUGCAAGCCCUACAUGGCGCCGGAGAGGAUCAACCCAGAGACUAAUCAGAAAGGCUACAAUGUCAAGUCUGACAUUUGGAGUUUAGGAAUCACUAUGAUUGAACUGGCCAUCCUGCGGUUCCCUUAUGACUCCUGGGGCACACCCUUCCAGCAGCUGAAGCAGGUGGUGGAGGAACCAUCGCCCCAGCUCCCUGCUGACCAGUUCUCCCCGGAGUUGGUUGACUUCACCUCCCUGUGCUUAAAGAAAAAUUCCAAAGAGCGGCCAAACUACCCAGAACUCAUGCACCAUCCCUUCUUCAUCUCCCAUGAAUCCUUAGACACCGACGUGGCUAGCUUUGUCAAGGUCAUCCUCGGGGACUGACGAGUGCCCUGAUCAAACCCAACCCAAUGCUCUGACCAAUGGCCACGGGGGAGGCGGACCUACAAAAAAAAGCACCAAUCACAAACCCUAUUACCUGCGGGACUCCACCCCCUCCCUAGUUCCCAACCCCCUCCCUUUGGCACAGUGCAGAUGGACAUUAGAGGAACUCAGAGGAACUGAGUGAGGAGUUAACCUUAAGGUCUUAAGGCUCUUGCAUAUUAGAUAUGGGCAGGGGGCCAAGAUGGGGAAAUUACUGGAGCACCGGCCCAUAUAUAAUCUGGAUGAAUUUAAAUGUAUAAUAAUAUCUGUCUGAAAUGUGAUCUCCUCGACCUCUAAAUUUGUCCCACCCUUGUUACUGUACUAGACCCAGUACUAAAACAGAUUUCAUUGUUAAAUGUUAGUGAAUUAAGCAACGUGUGGAUUAUGCCCUGUCCUAUACAGUACCACAGCAUGAGUCAUAAUACCAAUAAAACCCAGCGGUCAAACAGGGAAAUAUUUCCAAUCGUUUUUUCUACCAUUCAUUUUUUCCCAUUGGGGAUUUUAGAAACACUUAAAAUAAGGGCUGUGUUUGGUGUAGAUUUACCGUGACAUGACGUUUUGAUUACCAUGUAAAUCUCUCUCAGACGAGGUGUCUUUCAUCAAUAUAUUCGCCAUGUAUUUACCCCCCCCCCCCACCCAAAAAAAAAUGAAAUGCUAAUUAGCUGCUAAUGUUGCUAUCAUAAAGAUCUAACAAAUGUGGUGCUGAUCUGGACUGCCGAAUCGAGGCAAAGGUAAGAAUCUCUGGAUCACAGGAGGCUGCUGACUGGAGGCUCAUAAUAGCGGCUGGAAUGGCAUCAAACACAAGGAAACCAUGUGUUGAAAACCAUGUGUUGGAUACCAUUCCAUUAAUUGUGUUUCAGCCAUUACUAUAAACCCAUCCUCCCCAAUUAAGGCGACACCAGCCGCCUGUGCUCUGGGUUAAUUAUCUGAUAUUAGUCAUUAAUAAAUUGGCUACAUUUCUUUAAAUGGGCAAUUCUGUGAAGUGUCUUGUGCAAGUUUUAAAUUGACCUGUUAGCAAAGGUGUAUUUUUAAUUAUUUAUUUUUACGUUUAAUUUUAUUUUGAUGUGCAGGAGCUUGCAGGGAUUUGUAAUAUGCGUGUUGUCUGCUUUGAUGCUAAUAAGCAUUUGUUUAAAGUCACCUUGUCCUAGAGAGAUUUCCAUGGUUAUCAUAACGUCACGUCGUGCUAAACAGACCUUAUUUUAAGUGUUUAUAAAUUCCCCAAUGGGGAUAAAUGAAUGGUUGAAAAACUAUUGGAACCAUUUCCCUGUUUGACUGCUAGGUUUCAUGGUUAUUAGGACACCUCCACUGUGGGUCUCUAUUGGUCCAACCCCUGAAAUAUUUUCAAACACAAUGUAAGAAAACAGAAAACAGUUUUUAAAAAACAAAACAAAAAAACAACUGAAACUGAUAUGAAUAUAUCUGUAUAAUCUCACUGUUUGUAUUAUACUCAAGCUCAA